UUUCCUUUCAAAGUGGGUCACCAGGAGAACAUUGGUCUACUGCAAGCUCAAGAGAAAUCUAUAUAUUUUCUGGGACUUACCCCCCCCGCUUUGUCUUUUUUUUCAGGCAUUUGAAGAGGGAACGAUUUGACAGUGUUAUUUGUUUCACCACAGCCUAAAUAUCAUCAAGCCCGUGUGGAAGGAAAAGAUUUCAGACGCUGCCAGACCUGCUCUAUAUUGCCAGCUGUUUCUGUUUCCACACUGUGUUGGAGUUGUGUGAGCAGUUUUUCAGGUUAUGAGAGACAAACUGUUCCUACCCAAAUGGAUGGUGAAUCGCGAGGCACAGAUUCCAAGUGUUUUGCCGAAGAAUAAACAUGAGAAAGGGAGGAUUUGCAGUCAGGAAGCUCCAAACCAAGCAUCCCUUACAGAUCGGGCAGAUCUGCUUGAUUUCUCAUAGCCUACUGAAAGGAUUUUGAACAUGGAAGUAGGAUGUACAGCUUGCAUUCGGGAGAAAUUCUGCGUUUGUUCUGCGUGUGGACAAGUCUUCCAUCGUUCAUCUGACUUGGCAAAGCACUGGUGCAGCCACACGGCGAGGAAACCGUGGAAGUGUGGGGAAUGUGGGAAGGGAUUCAAUUACCCGUCCAAACUGGAAAUUCACUUACGCUGUCACACCGGGGAGAGGCCGUUCACCUGCUCCGAGUGCGGAAAGGGUUUCGCUCAUUAUUCCAACCUGCUGUCGCACCAGCGGGUUCACACCGGCCAGAAGCCCUUCACCUGCCCCCAGUGCGGGAAGGGCUUCACUCGGUCAUCUAACUUGCUGACCCACCAGCGAAUUCACACCGGCGAGAGGCCGUUCGCCUGCUCGCAGUGCGGGAAGGGCUUCACCCGGUCAUCCCACCUGCAGAGGCACCAGCGAGUCAACACCGGGGAGAGGCCGUUCACCUGCUCCGAGUGCGGGAAGGCGUUCACUCAGUCGUCCGACCUCCUGACCCACCAGCGGGUCCACACCGGGGAGAGGCCGUUCUCCUGCUCCGAGUGCGGGAAGGGCUUCACUCAGUCGUCCCACCUGCUGAGGCACCAGCGGGUUCACAAGUAACGACAGUCCAGGGAUUUUGCAGAAUCGCGCCCACGGACCGUGGUCACCAGGCUCUGCUCGUGCUGGUUGUGAAUAAACGCAGCCCUCCCUUGUAGAGGUUAGCAUUGUCAAUUAAAAUUCUAACAGUUGUGGAUCUGCAGGAUGAAGUUGAGGAAAUGAUCCCAACUAGCUGUACAUCGACAUUCUGAGUUGGUAGAGACUGCAGAGUGUGGGCUGGUGAAACAUCAACCCGUGGCUAACUGGUUGGAUUUUGAUGCAGUUGACAUGCCAGCUUUCUACCGUGUUUUCUGUUUCUGGUGAUGUUUAUAAACACCAGUUUGGUUAUACGUUUGGGGGAAAA